AUGGCAUUUUCAUAUGUGCAUUCUCAAUAUUCCCCUGGAGAAACCCAGAACUUAUACAAUGCCAUUGACUCCGCCACCCCAGAACGUGUGCGUGCGUUGCUGAAGCACUUGAGUACAACCUCUCCCUCCAACUUCACGUAUGUUCAAGGCGAGCUGAUGCUGCGGCCCGGCGUGUUGAAGAGGGCCCGGUCAGAGGAUCAGGAUGAGGAAGAUGAUGUCUCUGAGUCUAACUACUCUGAUGAGCAAACUCAUGCGCCAACACGUAGACAGCGAUUCGAGAUCUUCGAGUGGUGCGACAAGGAGUAUGAUGUCCUGCAUAACGAAAAGAAGAGCUGUCAAUGGCAUCUGGAAGUCGACUACGAGAACGACUUCCGGGCCGACCACGACGAGGAUUGCCACGGCACGAUAGAUACACCCGAGAUGCGUGAGAAAUAUCUGGAAGGUUUUGUGUGGACUUGCUGCAAUAAUCUAGGGGCCGAGCUUGGGUGCAAGCAGACCAGACACCACCCAAAUCGCGCAAAGAGGGCGAGGAGAUAA